UGAAAUUUAAAAAUAAAUAAAAAUCUGAAAAUAACAAAAAUAGCAAAAAUAGCAAAAAUAGCAAAAUCGGAGAGAACGGAAAGUUCUUGACUUUGAAUCUUUAAAUAUCAGCCUUUUGAGAGGCAAGUGCAAGAACAGUUUUUUGUGUGUUGCGGCGUUCUUUAAUUAUUUUUAAUUUCCCGAAUUUAAUGACAUCUGUUUAUGACUUCAUGUGAUUGAUUCCUACACCGAAGAUAUUAGCUGCUGGAAGUGGUGAUGCUAUAACGCUUGCCUGCCUCUAAACUAACGAUUGAAAUUGCUUUGUUCUAUUGUAAUCUACAGUGCUGUGCUUCGGUUGCAACUUGCAAUUACAGAUUGGAGUUUCUGACGAAAAAUGACACAUAUCUGCCAUCACCAUCACUAAUGUCAGCUGCCAUCACCUGCCAUCAAUAAAACUGGCACGAAAAAAUGUUGGCACAAAAUUGAGGGGGACUCGCUGCUCAAAAUCGCUACAAGGUGUUUGGCAAAUCGAACGACGCAAACAAAUUUUUACCAAAGUUGGUGCAAAACCUUUUAACACAACGGCCUUAGUGAUUAGACUCCAAAAAUGGAUUCAACGGACACUGGCUGCAGCAAUUCCUUUCACAGUACACAAUCACACAGCAAUCGCAGUUCACUUAAUUACAGCAGCGACAUAAACGCCAUCAGCAUCGACUUGGUUGAUCAGUCAAACAAUGCCGGGACUGGCUUCAAGUACCUACCAUCGUGGCCACCUGUCAAUUUGCAGUUCAGAGAUCUAACACAUACCGUACACCUUUUGGGGAAUGGUUCAAAAAAGAUAUUAUCUAACAUAAAUGGUGAGUUUCGUUCACACGAGCUUACAGCUAUUAUGGGACCGUCAGGUGCUGGGAAGACAACCCUUUUAAACUUAUUGGCAGGCUAUGGCACCACAAGUAAAUCAUCUGGACAAAUAUUGGUCAACAAUAAUCCGAGAGAUUUGCGCGUAUUUCGAAAAAUGUCACGCUAUAUAAUGCAAAACGAUAUGCUAGAUCCACAUUUUACCGUCUCUGAAAUAAUGAUGUUAGCAGCUCAUCUAAAAUUAGGCAAUGAACUUAAGAACGAACAGAAAUUAGAAGUGAUCGACGAAAUUCUCUGCAUGUUGCGUUUAAACAAUGCAAGAAAUACAAAAGCUUUGCGUCUUUCCGGUGGCGAAAAGAAACGCUUGUGUAUUGCACUCGAAUUGGUCAACAAUCCACCUGUGGUCUUCUUAGAUGAACCAACAACUGGCUUAGAUGAUCUCUCCAGUUCACAAUGUAUUGCGUUACUACGUAGAUUGUCUCAUGCUGGCCGUACUAUUAUUUGCUCUAUACACACACCCUCUGCCAAACUGUUCGAUAUGUUCGAUAAUGUAUAUAUAUUAGCUGAGGGCGAAUGCAUAUACCAAGGAGCAAGUAGCAAUGUUGUACCAUACAUGAAGCACAUUGGGUUAUCCUGCCCUCUUACUUAUAAUCCUGCCGAUUUUAUAAUUGAAGUGGCAUGUCGAGAAUAUGGUAGCAGUUUUCAUGCCGUAAUGGUUGAUGCAAUCGAAAAUGGGAAGACUUCACGUUGGAGUCCAGUUCAUCGAACCAAUUAUAAUGAGUUAAAAUCCAUGACACCUACAAAAUCGGAUACAACGUCGGGUGCCUCAUCUUUUGACGAAAUCGAACAAUUUGAAUUGGAAAUCAAUCCAAAACUGCUGAAAGCGAAGUCAAGUUGGUGGAUGCAGUAUAAAUUACUUUUAGCUCGAAUGAUGAUGCAAAUGUGGCGCGAUAAGUCAUACAUAAAAUUGAAAUUUUACAUGAAUAUAGUACUAGCUCUGAUAGUGGGUGGUAUCUACAAGGGUAUUGGCAACGAUGCUACUAAGGCACUUUUCAAUUUUGGAUUUGCAUUUACAGUGAUCAUCGCUUAUUUGUAUCUGCCAUUGAUGCCAGUUUUGCUGCAGUUUCCCACCGAAAUGAAACUAAUCAAACGUGAAUACUUCAAUCGCUGGUAUUACUUGAGUUCGUACUACGCCGCCAUGGUUUGCUCGAAAAUUCCAUUUAUGUUCGUUUUGGCUGUCAUAUAUUUAUCAAUGGUCUAUUGGAUGAGUAGUCAACCGCUUGAACUAUUUAGAUUUCUAAUGCUAUUCUUGGUUGCCUUUCUAACAGCCAUGACUUCGGAUAGUCUGGGAUUGUUGAUAAGUUCCAGAUUUAGUCUAGUAAAUGGCAUGUUUAUGGGCCCCGUACUUGCUGUGCCGCUUAUAUUGCUUUCGUGCUAUGGUAUAGGUUACGGUAAGGAUUCAUACAUAUCACCUUUUAUGCGUUUCCUGAUGUCACUUAGUUACUUGCGUCAUGGUAUGGAGGGACUGGUGGCAGCACUAUAUGAUUUCAAUCGCGGCGACACAGAAUGUCCGAGUACGGAAGUAUUCUGUAUGUUCAAGAAAUCUAAGUUUUUGCUUAUGAUUUUGGGUUUUGAGAACUUAAAUUAUAUUUUCUCCAUAUCUUGUCUGGUUGGAUUUUACGUUUUAUUCACUGUAACCGCAUAUGUGAUGAUCAAGCAACGUCUGAGUUUGACGUCGACAACGAAUAUAGCAGCACAAUAUGUACUAGGUUUUGUUACGAAACACCUCAACUUCUCUUCUUAUAAUUACUGAUUUCUCUGGAAUAUCGACAAUUUGUAUAUUAAACUGGUACAAAAUAAUAUUAAAAAUAUAGAUUUAUAUACAAAUUUUUUAUGAGUAUGGGAAAGUUUAUUUUAUAAGUUUUAUAUCUUUAAUAAAAUUCUAUUUAGAACUUUUAAUCGCUUAUAUUGUAUGCCAUUUUAAGAGUUUUAUACCCAUUUUUUGUGAUUAUAUUGUAAAAUAAUUAUCUAAGAGACAAAAUC